AUGGCGUCGUUGAGGCUCGUGGCGUUGUUGGCUUCCAUCGUUCUCUUCGCUCAGAUCCAGGCACAAUCCGCUACAGCAUUGCUGGGAGAGUUGCCCACUUGCGCAUCCCAAUGCCUCGCCAGCAAUAUACCUUCGUCAGGAUGCGAGCCAACGGACUUCGCGUGCUUGUGCCAGAACGCUCCAUUCUUGGCUGAGAUUACACACUGUGUCGGGGCCAAUUGCACCAUCAGGGAAAGCUUGACAGCCGAGAGGAUAACUGCGCUCCUCUGCGAAGCCCCCGUGCGCGACCGAACUCUUGAGGUUGAGCUCGUCAGUCCUAUACUGACCGGUAUCGCCCUCAUCCUUGUCAUCAUUCGCCUCAUCACGAAACGAAACAAUCAAUUUGGUUGGGACGAUGGUCUGAUCAUCGUUGCCCUAGUCGCAACAAUCGGCCUAGCCUUGACGCACAUCAUGAAUGGCGUCUACGGUCUGGGGAAGGAUCUGUGGACCGUAUCAUUCGACGAUGUCACGACGUUCCUACAUUGGUUCUACCCGGGAGAAAUCUUCUACAUCUCCAGCACAACGUUGACGAAGCUAUCGAUCCUGGCGUUCUACCUUCGAGUCUUCUCGGCAUCACCACGGUUUGCUCUGAUAGUGAAGGUUGUGUUCGCCCUUGCCUUGGCCACUGGAGUCAUCUUCGACUUUAUUCUGAUCUUUCAAUGCUGGCCGAUCAGCUUCUCCUGGACGCGUUGGGAUGGAGAGGGCCAUGGUCACUGUGUCAACGUCAACCUCGGGUCGUGGGUCCAUGCGGCAAUGAACAUUGUAUUUGACCUUAUUGUCCUCGUCCUGCCACUGCCUAUGCUAUGGCAACUGCAGCUCGACUACAGCUGGCGAAAGAAGGCACGCAUCUUUCUGAUGUUCAGCGUCGGUCUGAUUGUCACUAUCGUCAGCGUCAUUCGACUGAGAGCGCUCAUCAAGUUCGCAAACACCCAGAAUGUCACGUGGGACUACACCGAAACAGCAGUCUGGUCUGGCGUCGAAGCCGCAGUCGGCGUCAUUUGCGCCUGCCUACCAUCCCUAAAGGUUUUCCUCACAAGGACCGCACCAGGUGUCUUCGGCAGUGAAAGACGCGAUCGCAGUGGCUACGGUCAAGCUUCAUCGAUCAGUGUGCAACGAGACUGGACCGUCUCGUCAGGACCACUACAGAAGAAUCCCUUCCACCCGGAUAGUGGUCAACCCGGCGAGGCCUACGCGAUGGACGGGUGGCACGGGCGCAACUACAAGCAGCGCAACGCUGAUGUCUCAACAUGGGAGCGGCGAGAGAGAGGCAAUGAUGGACGCUAUGUCAUUCCUAAGGAGAAUCAUCAAAGUAACGCAUCAAGCCCGAUUUCGGGUGACCAGCCCGCCAGCCCGCACGAUACCGCGUCUAGCCCUGCACUUCGAGACAUCGGCAGAAAAACUUCGGUGACUCACCGUACUGAGAGCGAGCCGACUGUACAGCUUGAUCUAGUCAGGCUGAUCAGUCACGAAAGUGAUAUUUACCAGUCUGCAGAUGACGCACCACGUCAGACUGAUACUACAGGCGGCCAGCCUGCCAGCAGCGAUGAGGUAGCUCAGAAGAACAGCUUCGUAGGUGAGAGCUGGUACGCAGGCUAUCUGAUUUCGAGAAGCACCGGCAGUCAUUCAGAACUACAUCGCUCCUUGAACAGCAGUGGAGGUUUGCAAGGGCUGUACAGAAGCCCGUCCACUCACGAGAAGCCCGAUGAACGCUCACAAGACCUCCCGUCAAAGGACAUCGUCCAGCGACUUCUGGAGGCCUACUUUGCCAGGUUUCACAUUCUUUGUCCAAUCAUCGAUCGAGCCAAUUUCUUGCGUGCGGUAGUCGAAGGCCAGGUGGCCAUUGCGUUGCUUCGCGCUGUGUUGUUCGUCGGAUCGAUACACUGCGAUCCCGAGGUCUUUCAUCUGGCGGGCUACACGAAGCGGACCGACUUCAGCGACGAGAUGUUCUACAAAGCUUGCGUGGAAUUCGACACAUGUACCGAAGGCGAUCGAACAACCAUGAUCUUGACAUCAUAUCUGCUACAUUACUGGUUUGGAAAGCCAACAAAGUAUCGAGACAGUCUUUGGUAUCUCGCCAAUGCCAUUCGGUCUGCGCAAUGUAUGGGUUACCAUCGCAGUACACGCAACAGUAAAAUGGCGACCGAGGACAAGGCGUACUUCAAAUCAUGUGGUGGUGCUUGCGCUCCUAUGGUCAUCAAUGACCUGGAACAUGAUGUUGAGGACUUAACCAUGACCGACUUCCGUGACGACGAGAAACAUAUCGCAGAGUACAUGAUCAGUCAGGCAUCGCUGAACAGAAUCACCUCCCGCUUAUAUUUUGAGCUCUGUGCUCCGAUGCGGCUUAAUAACAUGGAGGAAGGACUGGAGUUUACACGAGCAAUAGAGCAGAUCAAGUCGAAUAUGGAUGGGUGGUAUGAAAACAACGGAUGGCUCAAGGUCAGACCAAGUCGAGAUCGUCAUUCGUUGUGUGUACAGGUCUGUAUGCAAUUCUACAAAAUCAACCUACUGCAGCGUGUGCAGCAACACCGAUCGGCAAGCACCAGAUUGACACCAAGUGGAAGUUCUUCGACAGUCCAGCAGGCCGCCGGUAACAUUUCUGUCCUGGUCGAAGACUGUCUCUUGCAUUGGCAGCCGGAAUGCUUCCCGCAGAUCUUCGUCACGGCAGUAUUCUCCGCAAUGACUGCCUAUGUUAGUGAAUAUGGUCGCAGAAGAGAGCACUUGCUGCAGAAGAUACGACCGAGCCUGCUGAUCCUGAAGCAAUUCGAACAAUGCCAUGUUGUAGCACGCUGGAUUCGAAUGCUCUUCAUGGAUCUACUCGAUCGACACGUCGAUCGCGAGCCGAAGCCGACGACAAAUGUUCCUACUUUGCAACGAGAGAAUGGCGGGCACGACGCCAGUCUCGAGAGUGGCAUCAGUGCAGGCACAGCGCAGAUGCCUCCGUACAUGGCCACGAGGUCUGCCAACAGAUCGGCGACUCUCGAAGGCGCAGCAUAUCAUUCAACUACCCACACGCGCGUCAAUUGGGAGCCAAGUGCCCGCAGCUACGCCAACGGCUCGACUAGCCGUCCAGACGUGCUUCCAGACGGGCUGCCAGACGGACUGUCCAAUAUGCAAAACGUGGAUCAACUUCCCAUGCAUCUGGAUUCUGCGUUUGUUGAUGAGUUCUUCUCCUUUCCACACGACAUGCACAGCGACAACGGAUCCAACGGUUUCCCUUCGCCAAGUACCAUGGCGUAUCAAUCCAUGUACUAUCUGGCAGACCUCGGCCUUAACAACGGGGCGUUAUGA